AUGAAUCCAGAGUGGUACGUACGCGCCCUCUCCUCUCUCUCUUGCUCCGAUCGUCACACUUCGGUCCGGAAGACUCGCGGAAGACAAAUGCUGAUAGUUCUAUACAGAGUGUCCUCCGAACAUGCAUACCGCGGAACACCAUACGAUUACCUCUUCAAGCUCUUGCUCAUCGGUGACUCGGGUGUCGGCAAGUCUUGCUUGCUUCUCCGGUUUGCCGACGACACCUACACCGAGUCCUACAUUUCUACAAUUGGCGUCGAUUUCAAAAUCAGGACAAUCGAACUAGACGGCAAGACCGUCAAGCUCCAGAUCUGGGAUACCGCCGGCCAGGAGAGAUUCCGAACCAUCACUUCCUCUUACUACCGUGGCGCCCACGGCAUCUGCGUUGUGUACGAUGUCACUGACAUGGAUUCCUUCAACAACGUCAAGCAGUGGCUUCAGGAGAUUGACCGAUAUGCCACCGAGGGUGUCAAUAAGCUGCUCGUUGGAAACAAGAGCGAUAUGACCGAUAAGCGUGCCGUCGAGUACACAGUUGCCAAGGAAUUUGCCGACAGCAUUGGCAUUCCAUUUUUGGAGACCUCGGCGAAGAAUGCCUCCAACGUUGAGCAGGCUUUCUUGACCAUGGCCCGACAGAUCAAGGAGCGCAUGGGUACAACGACCGUCAACAACAAGCCUACUGUCCAAGUUGGACAAGGUCAGGGUGUACAGUCUGGAACCGCCGGUGGCUGCUGCUAG